GUUCAGGAAAAUAAGCUUUGAUUAAGACAAAGAUGGUUCUUAGAAAAAAAGAAGUAAAAAAGAGUUCUUCAACCUUCUUCUGCAUCUUUCUCCUCUUUCUUUCUCCUGCAGAGCUUACAUUCGUUUUUAACUAUGAAGUUCUUGCUCUAGUAGAAAUCAAGAGCUCACUGACUGAUCCUCAUGGAGUUCUAAUGAAUUGGAACAUGGAAGCAGCUGAUCCUUGUAGCUGGAAAUUGAUCACUUGCUCUUCUGAUAAUUUUGUCGUAAGCAUAGAAGCUGCAAACCAAGGUUUUUCAGGAACUCUUGCAUCAUCAAGUAUUGGCAAUUUAACAUAUCUUGAGACUCUGAAACUGAAGAACAAUUACAUCACAGGAAAUAUCCCUCCUGAGAUUGGAAAACUGAUGAAACUCAAAACACUUGAUCUCUCUAACAAUAACUUCACCGGCCAAAUCCCAUCCACUCUUUCUCAUUCCAAAAGUCUUCAGUACUUGAAGCUGAACAAUAACAGUCUGACAGGAACAAUUCCUACCUCAUUGGCAAACAUGACCCAACUAAUUCUUUUGGAUCUGUCUUACAAUAACUUGAGUGGACCAGUUCCAAGAUUACUUGCCAACAUAUUCAAUGUAAAGGGCAAUACUCAGAUUUGUUCAACUGGAACUGAGGAAGACUGCAACGGGCCUCAUCCUAAACCAACGUCACUUACCUUUAGCAGUUCUCAAACAUCUGAUGGAGGAACAAAAAAUCAGAAAUUCGCAGUACAAUUUGGUUUAAGGCUUGCAUGUAUCUGCUUGUUCAUCACUGGCUUCGGGUUUUAUUAAAAUAAAAUUGUAUCAAAAGAUUACAAUAAUAAGGAUGUAAAAACUGUAGUAAAUCUUUAAUAAACAGAAUUGUCUGUUGUAAAAUUAUCUAUGUAAUAUUUCUGUGUAAUAACAUAAUUAACUCGCA